AUGUUACGAGCUGGGUUAGGAGACCUUCAUGCUGAGGUUGCAGCGAUACGGGGUGACAUAGCAGGCCUGCAUGGCACGAGCGAUUAUCGAGAUGGAGGAGGUAGCGGAGGGAUAGGUCACUAUCGGGACGAAGGGGGUGAUGGAGGGACUGGUGGCUAUCGAGACGGAGGGACUGGCGGUUAUCGGGACGGAGGGGGUGACGGAGGGGUCUGUAGUUAUCAGGGAGGAGGGGGUCAGAUGGGGUAUGUUGACUCAUCGUGGCCAUCAGUUGCUGCAUUUGACACGAUGGGGAUGGAGGAGCGAGAGAUGAUACCUGUGGUGGAGGGGGUGCCCGUGUAG